AUGGUUGAAUCAGAUUCUUGUCUUCCUUAUGCCACACUCAUUCAUAUGAUCACCAUUAAGCUCAGUUCUGCCAAUUAUCUCUUAUGGCGCAAUCAGAAAGCAAAUAAGGAUUGGCUUGCUCAGGAGCGUCGUCUGCACAGUCUCCUUCUUUCUUCUUUGACUGAGGAAUCCAUGGUUGAAACCCUAGGAUGUAAAAGUGCCGCUGCUGUAUGGAUUGCCUUAGAAAAGGCUUAUUCUCUUCGUUCCAAGACAAGGGAAAUCCAACUCAAUGAUGAGUUGCAACAUUUACGCAGAGAUGUUUCCAUCUUUCAAGAUCCUUUAGAUGAUGAUGACGUCAAUCACACGCAACCCAACUCUUCUCAUGCAUCUGAACCUUCACAACCAACUGGACCAUGUUGUAUUUGUACAUCUCCUGAUGUUGGGCCGAUUCAAGAAUCUAUUUCUGCACCUGUGUCUACUUCAACUGUUCCUACUGUUGAUUCAUCUGUUCCUGAAUCCCAAGCCGAGGAUGUUGAUCCAUCCCCAGUUCUCCCUCGUCAUCAAAUGCGGACCAGAUCACAAUCUGGUAUAUCUAAACCUAAACAUUUUCCAGAUUUUGAACCGCAUGGUCUUCUUGCUGCUUUACUAGCUCACCAAAACCUUCCAAUUACUGAUCUUUUGCUGUGCGAGUUUCACAAAUUCAUCAGCAAAAUGGAGAAUGGGUUGAAUCUGAAGGCAAUGGAUGCAGAGCAACUAAGAGAACAUGGCCACAAGAUGGUUGAUUUCAUUGCUGAUUACUACAAAACUAUCGAGAGUUUCCCUGUUCUCAGCCAAGUUGAGCCAGGAUAUCUGCGGAAGCUUCUUCCCGAUUCUGCACCAGUACAGCCGGAAUCCUUGCAAGCAGUUCUUGAAGAUGUUCAAAGGAAGAUAUUGCCAGGGUUUCUUGGAGAAAUGCUGAGUGCAGGAAUUAACAUGGUGGGGUUUAGUUGGAUAACUUCUCCAGCUGCUACAGAACUUGAAAUGAUCGUUCUUGAUUGGCUUGCUAAUAUGCUCAAACUCCCUGAUGAUUUCCUUUCCACAGGGGCAGGUGGUGGUGUAAUUCAGGGGACAGCAAGUGAAGCUCUUCUUGUUGUGCUUCUGUCUGCUCGUGAUAAAGUUUUAAGAGAGGUUGGUAAGGAUGCACUUGGAAGGCUUGUGGUUUAUGCUUCUGAUCAAACUCAUUCUUCUUUACAGAAAGCAUGCCAAAUAGCAGGAAUCUACCCGGAGAAUUGUAAGCCCAUAAGAACAGAAAUCUGCAAUGAGUAUGCUCUUUCUCCUGAAUCACUCACUGAUUCAAUCUCACAUGACGUUGCCUCUGGUUUAAUCCCUCUUUUCCUUUGUGCUACAGUAGGGACUACAUCAUCUACAGCUGUGGAUCCUUUGCUAGCACUCGGAAAGAUUACCAAGAGGUAUGGAAUAUGGUUUCAUGUGGAUGCUGCUUAUGCUGGAAGUGCUUGUAUUUGCCCAGAAUAUCGGCAUCAUUUGAAUGGAAUUGAAGAAGCCGACUCAUUUAACAUGAAUUGCCAUAAAUGGUUCUUAACAAACUUUGAUUGUUCAGCACUAUGGAUAAAGGACCGACAUGCUCUCAUUCAAUCUUUAUCAACAAAUCCUGAGUUUUUAAAGAACAAAGCUUCUCAAGGUGGUACAGUUGUCGAUUACAAAGAUUGGCAAAUUCCUCUUGGACGCAGAUUCAGAUCAUUGAAAUUGUGGAUGGUGUUACGGCUUUAUGGGGUUGAAAAUCUUCAGUCUUAUAUACGAAACCAUAUCGACUUGGCUAAGCAUUUUGAACAUCUUGUUUCACAAGAUCCACGCUUUGAGAUGGUUGCCACGAGGACAUUUUCGUUAGUUUGCUUUCGUGUUGUACCUGCCAACAAAAAUGAAGAUUAUGUGAACAAAGUCAACCGUCAACUUUUGGAAGCUGUCAACUCAUCCGGAAAGAUCUUCAUCUCUCAUACGGUUCUAUCGGGAAAAUAUGUCUUACGAUUCGUGCGUGAAACUGAAAGCGCUUACGGUUUUCGGUAUCUCGUGAACAUAGUUGAAGCCAGUAGAGUCCAUUAA